AUGUUAAAAAAAUUUACGAGAUUUCUUUUUUCACGUGAAAAGAUUCAAUAUGACGUACUUAUAGUUGGAGCUGGUCCAGCUGGUUUAUCAGCAGCAAUAAGAAUAAAAGAGUUAGAUCCUAAUAAAUCAGUAGUUGUAAUAGAGAAAUCUGGAAGUUUAGGAGGACAUAUUCUUAGUGGUAAUUGUUUUUAACCAACAGCAAUGAAUGAAUUAUUUCCUAAUUGGGAGAAAAUGGAAAAUGUAUUAUAUCUUUAAAAUAAUAAAUUAGAAACCUCCAUUAGAUACUCCAGUUACAGAGGAUCACUUUCAUAUACUUUGGAAUGAAAAAUUAAGUUUUCAGAUUCCACAUAUGUUUUAUCCAUCUACAAUAAGAAAUCAUGGAAAUUAUGUAAUUAGUUUAGGGGAUUUAUGUGUAUGGAUGGGUGAAUAAGCAUAAGCAUUAGGAGUAGAUAUAUUUACAAGUACUUCUGGGGCAAGAGUAAUUUUUGAUGAGAAAGAUAGAGUGAUAGGAGUAGCAACAGGAGAUAUGGGGAUAGGAAAGAAUGGAGAGAAGAAAUCAAAUUAUUAAGAAGGAAUAGAUAUAGAAGCUAAUCAAACAAUAUUAUGUGAAGGAGCAAGAGGUUCAAUCACUGAAAGAGUAAUCGAAAAGUAUAAUUUAAGAAAAGGUAAUAAUAAUUAAUAUAAAAAGAUUGUGAGCCUUAAUCUUAUGGAAUAGGAUUAAAAGAAAUUUGGGAAGUUCCUCCUGAAGAUUUUACAUCAGGAUUAGUAUAACAUACAGUUGGAUGGCCUUUAUGUAGAAAUACUUAUGGAGGAUCAUUUUUAUAUCAUAAAAAUAAUAAUUAAAUACAUUUAGGAUUGGUUGUUGGAUUGGAUUAUGAGAAUCCAAAUUUAAAUCCAUAUUAAGAAUUUUAAAAUUUGAAAAGACAUCCAAAAAUUUAAAGAUAUAUUAAAAAUGGAAGUUGUAUAAGUUAUGGAGCAAGAGUAUUAAAUGAAGGAGGAUAUUUUUCAAUUCCAAAAUUAACAUUUCCUGGUGGAAUGUUAGCUGGAUGUUCUGCUGGAUUUUUAAAUGUUAUGAAAAUAAAAGGAUCACAUAAUGCUAUGAAAUCUGGAAUGUUAGCAGCAGAAACUAUUUGUGCUAAAUAAAAUUUAGAAUCUGGUUAAGAAUUAAUUGAAUAUGAAAAUGCAAUAAAAUAAUCAUGGAUUUAUGAUGAACUUUAUAGAUCUAGAAACUUUAAAGGUUCAUUUAAAUAUAAUAUUUAUUCUGGCCUCUUUUAUGGUGCUUUUGAUGGUUUUAUUUCUAAAGGAAGAGAACCUUGGAAUAUUAAAUCACAUGUUAAAGAAAGUGAAUCAUAUUUAACUAAAGAUAAAGCUCCAUAAAUUAAAUAUGAAAAACCUGAUGGAAAAUUAACAUUUGAUUUAUUAGAUAAUUUAGCCAGAAGGUAUAUAUAAUAAUAAGUUAAGUGGAACCAAUCAUGAACAUGAUUAACCACCCCAUCUUAAAGUUAUUAAAGAAUCUGGACCUAAACAAAGUCUAGAUUUAUAUGAUGGCCCUGAAUAAAGAUUUUGUCCAGCUAAAGUUUAUGAAUUUAUUGAUACUAAAGAAGGCAAAAAAUUGUAAAUCAAUGCUUAAAAUUGUUUACAUUGUAAAACUUGUGAUAUCAAAAUGCCCAAAGAUUAUAUCAGAUGGACUAUUCCAGAAGCUGGAGGAGGACCAAACUAGUAAUUAAUUUUAAUAUUAUAUUUAGUUCUGGCAUGUGA